GAAGCCCUGCAUUGAGCCGCCAUGGGGGCGUGUUUCUCUCGGUCCAGCAGUCUGCGCUCUUGUUUGGAGUUCAGAGCGAGAAAAACGCAUUUCUCCUGGUGCGACCGAAGAGCGCAUAGGUGGGAGCUCUCCGACUCUGACGCACACACCAUCUCCCCGGCUCCGGCGCUUCACCAACAGAAAGGAAGGUUAUAAAAGAGCUCAUCACCAUCAUCGAGCCAUGGACGCAUCUCGAGUCACUGCGAUAUAUUUGGGCCUGCUCCUUGUUUUGUUUUGGAAUAUACCAUGUUUCCAGUCUGCUGCUAUCAUCUCCCCCACUGCGCCUAAGAGGAACAGGGAAACCAGGAUCUCUCAUCCGUACGGACAAAGGUCAUCCAAGCUCUUCAAAGACAUCAUCGCGUCCUCGCACCUUGCAGCGGGACAUCACAAGGAAGAAGUCUCAAAGGAGACUGUUGUCCCGCACGAAUACAUGCUCUCCAUUUACAGGACGUACUCGGCCGCGGAGAAACUUGGACUAAACGCGAGCUUUUUCCGCUCCUCAAAAUCUGCCAACACCAUAACGAGUUUCGUGGACAAAGGAACAGACAAUCUUUUGCACUCUCCUCUGAGAAGACAGAAGUAUCUGUUUGAUGUCUCAACCCUUUCAGAGAAAGAGGAGCUGGUCGGAGCGGAACUGAGGAUAUUUAGGAAAGCCUUGGGGGGCCCGCAGUCGGCGGGACCCGUCCACAUCCAGCUCUACCCGUGUCGCUCCGACACACUGCUGGAUUCCAGGUCUCUGGACCCAUUGGAUUCCACCAAAGCCGGCUGGGAGGUUUUGGACGUGUGGGACGCGUUUCAUGCGCAACACCAGCAGAGAAGCCAGCUCUGCUUCCAGCUCAGGGCCACGCUCGGCAAAUCUGACGCAGAGGUGGACCUGAGGCGGCUGGGGCUGGACAGGAGCGGCCGGGGCCAGCAGGAGAAGGCAAUCCUGGUGGUUUACACCCGCUCCAAGAAGAGGGAGAACCUGUUCAACGAGAUGAAGGAGAAGAUUAAGUCGCGGAGGUCGGCUGAGGAGAAGCCGACGAAAGAGGGGAAAGGCGAGAAGCCGCGGCGGCGCAGGAGGACGGCGCCGAGCAACCGACACGGGAAGAGGCACGGUAAGAAGUCCAAGUACAGGUGCAGCAAAAAAGCUCUCCACGUGAACUUCAAGGAGCUGGGCUGGGACGACUGGAUCAUCGCGCCGCUGGGCUACGAGGCCUACCACUGCGAGGGCGUGUGCGACUUCCCGCUCAGGUCGCACCUGGAGCCCACCAACCACGCCAUCAUCCAGACCCUCAUGAACUCCAUGGACCCCAACAGCACCCCGCCCAGCUGCUGCGUGCCCACUAAACUCAGCCCCAUCAGCAUCCUGUUUACGGACUCGGGCAACAACGUGGUGUACAAACAGUACGAGGAGAUGGUGGUGGAGCAGUGCGGCUGCAGGUAGCGGCCACAACUCGUUUAGCAGGUGGAAAUGAACGACUGAAGAAGACAGAUUUGUUCCAACUCAAGUCCCGGUGGCUCCUGGACUGAAACGAUCACCUCCUCAUACGGUCCGAGGCGUUUAAUCCAAAAGGGAUGCGCUCCUAGGAGGACCCCCCACUUUUAUUUAUUCUGACUUCUAAUUAACACUAAAAGCGUCCAGCACAUUUAUCCCCCUCCAUGCAAAGACCUAAAACGCAUCGGACGUGUCCAGAACGUUUGGCACAAAGCAGCGAAUCGACGUGGUGCGCGCUCUGGCUGCAGGCCAGAGGGGAGCCUGCUUAUCCGGGAGGACGCACCUGAUUUGGACAGCCAGAGGGAAACCCGCCAGCCUUUAGAGGCUGGACUGGUUAUGGGUGUGCCCAUCCAAUGAAGGCCAUUUACAGACCUGGGUCAGAACCUGCUUUCACCAAAAAUAAAAUCAUUAAAUACACAUGGUGAAUGUCUGAUGUACCAAACACAAAAACGUGGAUCUGUAGGUGAGGCGAUAAGCUGGCGGUGGUGGUGAUGCCUUCAAGAGAUUUUUUAUUUUUGGCCUUGCAAGAUAACCCAGAUAAGACUCGUGCCUCCCCUGGGCCCUUACACACGAAAACCGAUUUUUAUUUUCUUCGAAAAGCACACAUACCUGGGGCGGAUUUUGAGCUCAAAAGUUACGCAAUGCACUUCCACGACUUCCUGCGCCAUGCACGGACAAGUGGGCAGCGAGGAAAUGUAAAAGACUCGCCAAACGAGACGAUAUAAAUGCACAUUAGCUUUGAAUGCACUGCUGUUCAUUAUUUUUUUUCCUCUCUUUAUCGCUGUGCUGUAAAUAUUUGUACAGUCAAAAAAUAAAAAAUAAAAACUUUGCAAAGUGCUACGAAUGAAGAAAUGCGCAAACGGCAUUUCUUUGUAAAUGUACAAAACUGCACUCAAAUCCGUAAAGAUUUCUAUUCUAUAAUUAUUUUUAUUAUUUGUGAUGUACAGAGUUCCAUGAUAAUCAUAUAUUUCUUACGUCAAAAAGAGUAAUUUAAGGUGUCUCCAAUAUUUUUGCAGAGGGUGGAAAGUACCAUUAUUAAUAUCUAUCUACCUCAUUAUUGCAUAUAGGAUCUGAGUUUGAGGUGCAUUCAGUUAAAGUGUAAAGAGCUUUUACAAUGAUAUAUAUAUAAGAUCAUUUAUAUACAUAUAUUACUGGAUACUACUCCACGCCAUUACUGUACAAAUAAAAAUUCCAAACAAAGUCUGGAAUUUCUGGUGA